CCGCCAUCUCUGUCCCCUUCCUCCUCUUCCUCCUCCACCCCACACCCUCACCCGCAGGUGGGCCCAGCUGCCGGCCUCCACCGUUAGGAGCGAGCCGGCCGGCGGCGGGCGGCAUUGCGGUCGUCUGGUCGGGGCGCGUCAUGGCGGGGUACGGGGAUCGGCGGUCGCCGCCGUUUGAGGGCAUCGCCGCCGACGGGGGCGGCAGGGCGCAGUCGCCGGGCGCGGGGGCGGGGAGGCUCCCGCCGCCGCCGGGCGGGUUCGCGCGCGGGCUCAUGAAGCAGCCGUCGCGGCUGGCGUCCGGGGUGCGGCAGUUCGCGUCGCGGGUGUCGAUGAAGGUGCCCGAGGGGGUGGCCGGGAUGCGGCCGGGCCGGAUGACGCGGAUGCAGUCCAGCGCCCAGGUGGGGCUCCGCAGCCUCCGGUUCCUCGACAAGACCUCCGGCGGCAAGGAGGGGUGGAAGGCCGUCGAGCGCCGCUUCGACGAGAUGACCAAGGGCAGCGGCCGACUCCAGAAGGAGAACUUCGGCAAGUGCAUCGGCAUGGGUGACUCCAAGGAGUUUGCCGGCGAGCUGUUCGUCGCGCUGGCGCGGCGGCGGAACCUGGAGCCAGAGGACGGCAUCACCAAGGAGCAGCUCAAGGAGUUCUGGGAGGAGAUGACCGAUCAGAACUUCGACUCGCGGCUGCGCAUUUUCUUUGACAUGUGCGACAAGAACGGCGAUGGGAUGCUCACGGAAGACGAAGUUAAAGAGGUUAUUAUACUCAGUGCGUCAGCGAACAAGCUGGCCAAGUUGAAGGGGCACGCGGCGACCUACGCGUCACUGAUCAUGGAGGAGCUCGACCCCGAUGACCUUGGCUACAUCGAGAUUUGGCAGCUGGAGACGCUGCUCCGUGGCAUGGUGAGCGCGCAGGCGCCGGAGAAGCUGAAGCGAACAACGUCGAGCCUGGCGCGGACGAUGAUCCCAUCACGGUACCGGAGCCCGCUGAAGCGGCACCUGUCCAAGACGGUGGACUUCAUCCACGAGAACUGGAAGCGGAUAUGGCUCGUCACGCUGUGGCUGGUCGUCAACCUCGCCCUGUUCGUGUACAAGUUCGAGCAGUACAAGCGCCGCUCUGCGUUCCAGGUGAUGGGCUACUGCGUCUGUGUAGCCAAGGGUGCUGCCGAGACCCUCAAGCUCAACAUGGCGCUCAUCCUGCUACCCGUCUGCCGGAACACAUUGACGACGCUCAGGUCCACCGCGCUCAACCAUGUCAUACCCUUUGACGACAACAUCAACUUCCACAAGAUCAUGGCGCUGUCGAUUGCUAUUGCCACGGCGAUCCACACGCUCGCGCACGUCACCUGCGACUUCCCGAGGCUGAUCAGCUGCCCGACGGAUAAGUUCAUGGCCACCUUGGGGUCGAACUUUCACUACAAGCAGCCAACGUACCCGGACCUGCUGCAGAGCAUACCCGGGGUCACCGGCAUCCUCAUGAUCAUCAUAAUGUCCUUCUCCUUCACGCUGGCAACGCACUCCUUCAGGCGGAGCGUGGUGAAACUGCCGUCACCCCUGCACCACCUUGCCGGUUUCAAUGCCUUCUGGUACGCCCACCACCUGCUGGUUCUCGCGUAUAUCCUGCUGGUGGUGCACUCCUACUUCAUAUUCCUCACCAGGGAGUGGUACAAGAAGACGACAUGGAUGUACCUGAUUGUUCCUGUCCUCUUCUAUGCCUGUGAAAGAACUAUCAGAAAAGUCCGUGAGAACAACUAUCGCGUGAGCAUUUUGAAGGCAGCAAUUUAUCCUGGAAAUGUGCUCUCUAUUCACAUGAAGAAGCCACCUGGGUUCAAGUACAAGAGUGGGAUGUACCUGUUUGUAAAAUGCCCAGAUGUCUCGCCUUUCGAAUGGCACCCCUUCUCUAUUACUUCUGCGCCAGGUGAUGACUACUUGAGCGUACAUAUCCGUACGCUGGGUGACUGGACAUCUGAACUUCGUAACCUUUUUGGAAAGGCUUGCGAGGCACAAGUAACUUCCAAGAAGGCUACCCUAACAAGACUUGAAACUACAGUUGUGGCAGACGCCCAGAUAGAGGACACCAGGUUUCCGAGGGUCUAUAUAGAUGGCCCUUAUGGUGCACCAGCACAAAAUUACAAAAAAUAUGAUAUUCUUUUGCUUAUCGGUCUCGGAAUUGGAGCAACUCCUUUCAUCAGCAUACUGAAGGAUAUGUUGAACAACUUAAAAUCCAAUGAAGAGGUGGAGAGCAUCCACGGCUCUGAGAUAGGCAGCUUCAAGAACAAUGGUCCAGGAAGAGCUUAUUUCUACUGGGUUACUAGGGAGCAAGGAUCAUUCGAAUGGUUCAAAGGAGUCAUGAAUGAUGUUGCCGAAAGCGAUCACAGCAAUGUUAUAGAGAUGCACAAUUACCUAACCAGUGUCUAUGAAGAAGGUGACGCAAGGUCAGCUCUGAUUGCCAUGGUGCAGUCACUUCAGCAUGCAAAAAAUGGCGUGGACAUCGUUUCCGGCAGCAGGAUUCGGACACAUUUUGCAAGGCCAAACUGGAGAAAAGUAUUCUCUGAUUUGGCCAAUGCCCACAAGAACUCUCGCAUAGGUGUUUUCUACUGUGGAUCUCCAACACUCACAAAACAACUCAAGGAACUUUCAAAAGAAUUCAGCCAGACAACCACGACUAGGUUCCAUUUCCACAAGGAAAACUUCUAAGACCAUAUAUACCAGAAGAAUUUCAAACAGAUUGCAAACAUUGUAUAGGAAAGAUUACAAUAGCAUUGGUAUAGCAGAUUUAGCUUUACAAGUUUUGUUGUACGCCGGGUUGUACAAAAUAUGGGUUGAAAGCUAGAUGUAAGCAUCAUAUAUAGAUUCUGAAAUGCUCACAGAUUUCUAUAUUCGAGAAGCGAAA